AGCUGUCUGUUCGUGUCUACUCUCAAAGUGAGGCGAAGCUAAGGCAUCAACAACCAACCUUUUAUUUGAUAGAUAGUUGCCAGGACGUCAAGAGGAGAUUAUGAAGGUGUCAAUCUGUUCAUCGUUUGGUUUCUGGAGUUUGCUCAUUUAUUGUAGUUUGUUUGAUGUUGCAAAUGCAAAUAUCCACCAGGAUUAUGAGGAUGAUGCAUGGAUUGAUCCAAAUGACAUGAUAAACUACGACUCGACGACAAAGCGCAUGAAAAAACCAGCAAUGACCGUGCAACAGUGUCCUGAUGCAUUCGAGUGGAUCAAGAAACUAGAGAGUUUGCAGAAAGAGAAAAAGAAGGAGACCACCACCUCUAAAAGUCCAGCAUGUCUUCCAGUAUUCAAGCGAUUCCUUUCCAGGCUUCUUAAAGAAACUUCAAAGCUUGGCCUGCCUAACGAUGGACAGACAUCCAAGCAUUAUGACGCUGAGGUGAAGCUGUCAAAGCAGUCGCUGGUGGAGAUCCAGAAGCUUUUGAAUGAAGAGAACGACUGGACCACUGGAGCCGUGGAUGAGGCUCUCAGUCAAAUUCUGCUCAGAUUCAAACUCCACGACCACGAAUCCUGGAAGUGGCGUUUUGAAGACACAUUUUAUGUAGAUGCUGAUACCGCCCUGAAGGUUGCUUUGAUUGUUCUGAUUGUCGUAGCCAUAAUCAGCACUGAGGUCUGGUCUGUGGUCUCCCGGUUUGUCCAGUUCUGGAGAAUGUUUGCUGUUUGCUUUUUUAUUAGCAUGAUCUGGAACUGGUUCCAUCUUUAUAUGGUUGCAUUUGCAGAACACAAGAAGAACAUUAUGGAGGUGGAGAGCUUAAAUGACAAAUGCACUGGGCUGAAACAACUGGACUGGAAGGACAGUUUGUCAGAGUGGUACAGACGGACAUGGACUCUUCAAGAUGAUCCUUGCAAAAAGUACUAUGAGGCCCUUUUGGUGAACCCAAUUUUGCUUGUGCCUCCAACAAAGGCUAUCAUGGUCACCAUAACCAGUUUCAUCACGGACCCCUUGAAGCAAAUUGGGCAGGGAAUCGGUGAGUUCCUCAGAGCCCUGCUGAAGGAUCUACCGGUCACUCUCCAGUUACCUGUGCUGGUUAUCAUUGUCCUCACCAUCCUUGUGUUCAUGUAUGGAAGUGCUCAAGCAGCCAUACAUCAAGCAGUUCACUUUCCCCGGCUCGGUGGGCGACGGGAUCCGCCUCCUGCUGUAGAACAGCACCAAGCACUUCAGUUAAGAGAGCAUGAGGAAGUUUGGGAAGGGGGUGACGCUCCACAGUAAAGCCCUGCACAGGGCUCAAAUCUAAGCCCCAGUCCGGCCCUGGUCUGAGAUGCUUAGGCCCUAGUCUGGCCUUGUCUGAUGCUGAGUGCUGUGUUCCUCCUCCACAACACCCACAGUAAAUUGAGAACGUCUUUAUUGUAAGGCUAGAUCAAUAAAGAUUCCAAAGUCCAGUGAGGUUUGUGAAAUGGCAUGAUCGAACAUAGUGACUCAGAUAGCCCUCCUCGAAAAAAGAUCAUGAGGCAUACCUUGUCCAUGUUGUUCAAAUGGGCAAACUCAAAGUCCAUCACAUAGUCCUCAAUGGGCCGAUCUACUCGAUGGAGACACAUAAUUUGUGCUGCUGGAUUCAUAUUUGCUGUUCUGGAUGCACACAUAAAGCUGCUGGUUCCAGAUGUGGCUGGUGAUUCUGUUAUGAUGUAGGCAUCGUGACAACAGAGGUGAGGAUCCAAAUGCAGGCUUUAUUAUAGAGUGACCAAACAGGCAGAGUCCAGUACUAGCAAACAAUAAUAUCCCAGGCAAAGACAGAGGUAUCUGUAAACAGGCAAAGGUCAGGGCAGGCAGCAAAACAAUUAUAAUAACCAGAUAAACAGUCCAAGGUCAAAAACAAGAAGACAAGACAAGGCAACAGUGUACAGGCUAAACAAAUCACCAGCCCAGUGCUCCUCUUCUUCUUCUAUGGAAUUUUAUGGCAGACGGCAUCCAAUAAGUUGCAUUGCUGCCAUCUAUGGGUCUAUUACACUAUUGCACUUUAUCCUUUUAUACAGUCCAGUGUCUAUUAAAAAUUUAAAAAGACAGUUUUCUUUUCUCGCUUACCCCUACUUCUAAAAUAGUUUUUAGAGAUAUUUCUUCCAAACCAAUUUCUCACAAAUCUCUGAAUGGAUCUUGUCUCUAAAAGUCAUAUUUUCUUCCACGAAAGCAACACAGUCUAAGGUUUAAACACAGGCCAUUCUAAUGUUUUCCUAAAAUAAAUAGUGUAUUUAAAAACGUUAUACUGACAUCUUCUGGUCAGUAUGUGUUAAAUUUGCUUACUAGCUACUGCAGCUUUUUGUUUUCUCCAUUUCAUGCAUCACAUAUACUCAUAAUGAACAUUCUUUGAUCAAACCUGUGGCUCAGUGGUAGAACAUUAUGUUCCCAGUGAACACACAUAGGCUACCGAAUGAACUGUAAGUUUUGGAUAAAAGACUUCUAAAUGCAUAAAUAAAUAAAACCAUGGUGUG